AUGUCUGAAGAAGAGAUUUUAGAUGUUCUUGAAUGUUCCGAAGAGUUCAAUAUUCUGAGCAGUGAUAGCGAGGCAUCGAAUGAUGAUGCAUUACCAUCGUUAUUUCCUCCAAGAAAGAGACUCAGGCCAAUAUCAGAUGAGGAAAGUACUCAAGACUCUGAGCCUUCUAGCCCUGAUUCAAAUUAUCAAGCAAAUGAAUCUAAGGAUAAUUCGGAUAAUUCCAGUGUCGACAUUUCUGGACCCUCCGACUUGCGCGAAGAAAAUAAUGAUGUACAAGGAUCAGAGCAGGGUAUGGAAGAUCCAACCGUUUCCUCAGAAACAGAUCCCUUUCAUUUUAGUAGUGAAGGAGAGGAUGAAGAAGAAGAAGAGGAGCCAGAGACUGAAGAGGAAUGA